GAGCGGUGCAUCAACAGGAGGCGCCGAGUAGAGUGUAGUGGCGAGAGGUGCAAGCUGGGCGGGUCGGGCAGCAACCGGGCCUGGGCGAUGUUCGAGUCGUGCCCGGCUCGGCUGGAGGUUCGUGAAACGAACCGAGUUGGCAAUGGAGUGUAUUCCAUGGAGAACAUAGCGAGCGGAGGCGUUGUGUGCGAGUAUUUGGGAGAGGUCAUCAGCCGGGUCGAAAUGCGACGGAGGGCUGCUGAAGGCACACUCAAGUAUGUAAUGGCUUAUGGGGCGGAUAAGUUCAUCGACGCAGAGCAUUUUGGCAAUGUGGCCCGCUUUUGCAAUCAUAGCUGUGAGCCGAACUGUCGGGCGGAAGAGUGGACAGUUGAAGGCUUUUACAGGGUCGGUAUCGUGGCUCAGCGAAACGUUCGGAGAGGAGAAGAAACUUUCAGUUAUGGACCGUGGUACAUGAUCGACAGGUGCAACUGCAUCAAGUGCUACAGAGAAUGCUAA